AUGGCACAAGUUGAAACGUUAGAUUCGUGUAGUUCAAUUCAAGAGCCAAUAGUGCCAGAAAGUCAGCAAGAGACUUGUCUCAUAAGUGCUGACAAUGAUUCUAAACUUGAAGAAUCUCAAGUUCAUCUCUCCGAAAUAUCAACAUCAUCUUCACCUUCAGUUCACCAACAACCCGAAAAUCCAAACUCAUCCCUAUUUGAAUUGUCAAAUUACUUUGGUAUUGGCCAUUUAUUGGAUGAAACACAAGAGUAUUCAUAUGAAACUUGUCAAUUUACAAGUUGUUCUCAACAAUGUCAUGAAUUUUUAUUUAAAUUCCAUCACGGAUUACUCUCUUCGAAGCCUAAUUCAUUGAUGAUAGAUUUCGAUUGGGAAGAUCACAUUGAUGUAGUUUCCGUCAUCCUUCAGCUUGUAAACCAAUCUGAAGAAAAGUCGAUAGACAUGGCUUCUACACAGUUAAAAGCAAAAAUUUAUGUAAAAUGUGCUGAAUCAACUGUUGAUUUGCAGAUCAAUGCAAUUUCAGGCAUUCCUUUGACAAGUUGGAUUGGAAAAUUGGUCUUGCCGAUUGUGAAAUUUUCUCACUUGCCUUCAACACUUUCAAACUUGAAAGAAUUCGUUCCACUGAGCGAAGAAUUGAGUGAGGAGAUGAAAAUGGUAUUCUUCUCUAGUUAUCCUUCACUAUUCAGACAAUAUUUCAAUCAUUUUCCAAGUGUUAAUGAUCAGAAAAAUGCAAACAUGGUAUUAUCCGAUUUUUUGAUUGGUUUAUUAUGGAUUGGUUGUUUGAAUAUUGAAAAAUCCAAUGAAAUUUCAUCCAGAGUGAGGACUGUCAUGCAAAGAUCGAUAGGAUGUCUUCAGUAUUGGAUUAGUAAUUAUGGAUUUUGUUUUGAUGUGCUGAGUAGCAAUUUUGUCAAAUCAUCCCUUCAACAAAUUGAAGAAUUAUUGAACAAGAUUGAAAAGAAUGAGUGGAAAGAUGAAUUAAGUGGAGUUUUGAAAUUAAUUUCAGAAGAUUCAUUGAAUCAACAUGCAUUUCCAUUAUCUUUCAAUGAUUGGUCGGAAUAUCUUUCAAACAAGAGGAAGGAGUUGGGUCUUGAUGAAGAGGAAGAAGAAAAUGCAGAAGAAGAAACUCAAGAAGCAGAUGAAGAAGAGGAGUAUACUCAAGUUGAAGAGGAAGGAGAGGACGAAGAUGAAGAGGAAGAGGAGGAAGAAGUAGAUGUCUCUGAAAUGUUCAACAAGCUAUCCUCCUUCAUUCUCUCCCAACAUGAUUUGCAAGCCACUGAAAUUCCUGAAGUAUUUGCAAAUCAAGAGGAAAUUCUGCUUGCUAAUUUACCAAAUGACAUUGACAGUGUUUAUUCUAUCGUUUUGGAUAUAAUGAGAAAGUCUAAUCCCGAAAAGGCAUCAUUUUUUGAGGAGUUAGCACAACCUGAUUUGUAUCUUCAUUUCAUAAUGCAAUGGUCUCCUCUUGAAAUUGCCAAGCAAUUGACAAACUAUGAGUUUACUAAUCAUUUUGAACAAUGCAAGACUCAUGACUUUUUCUCAACAGGCGCACUCAGUAAUAAUCAAAGUAAUUUGGAUCAAAUGAUUGACAGAUUUAAUUGGAUGUCAUUGUGGAUUGUUUACACCAUUCUAAGACAAGAAAGUUUGGAGAAUCGUGUGAAAAUUAUUGGAUAUUUUGUUCAAGUCAUGUUUUUCACAUUAUCCUUACAAAAUUAUCAAAAUACCAUGUGUAUCAUUAGUGCAUUCCACAAUAGUUGCAUCUCUAAAUUGGCAACAGCUUGGAAGGAGGUUAGCGAAUUGAGAGAUCAGACCAAUGCUUUUACUUAUCAUCAAUUUCUUGAAGGAGUCAAUGAUUUACUCUCACUUCAAAAGAAAUUUUUCAAAUUGAAAUAUCACAUUAUUCAAAAUAUUGAAACAAGUUUGGAAAACAAUGAAGAAGGCACUCAAUUCUCCUGCAUUCCAUAUGUUGGUGUUUGGCUUGGUGAAAUUUCCAGUAUUGAAACUUAUUAUAAUGACUUUGUUUCACCACCAACUCAUCUCAAACAACAUCACAGUCACAUUUCAAAUUCCAACACGACUCUUCACACCCACCAAUAUCCUCAUCACUAUCUGUUCAACUAUGAAAAGAAGAGAUUAAUCACCAAACCUCUCAAGGAAAUUCAAACAUUCCAAAAGCUUUCCUUGCACACUGAAAAUGAAAACAUUUCACUCUUCAAAUCUGUACCAUUACUGUUACAUGUCCUGUCAACUAAUGAAAUGAUCAAGGCGCUUCCUCUCGAUCCAUCAAAUAGUUCUAAUAGUCCAAGCUCAAAUGGACCAACGAAUGAGAGUGCUCUUUCUGUAAAUUCUCAACAUUCUGAUUUGAGUCCAGCACUUUCGAAUAUUUCAUUGAGCUCGAAUGGAUCUGGUUUCUUCCAAGGUCAAUCGACAGUCAUGUUAAAAUCCGUAACAAAUAGUGAAUAUAUGAAGAAGAUAUUCCGUGAAAUGACAAAGGAAAUUCUUCAAAAGGAAUAA